UUGACACAAGAUUUUCGUGAAGUGAAUUAGUGAAUUGCCCAUAGUGCCCAUACGUUACCAGAGUAAAUAAUUAUCCAUUUUGUUCUGAAAUUAGACAAGUUACUAAUCCAUAGCGUCUCACACAGCUAUUGAUACUAGUGUUUACCAUCAUUAGUUGCGCGAACGAUGCAAAUCAAGGAUCCUGAACGUUUCAAAAUCUGGCUAACAGCAGUCCUGGGACCAGUAUGCGAAGCUGAACCCGCAGCGUUAGCUAAAUACAUAUUUGCAUUGUUAAAACGUGAUCGGCCGAUAAAUGAACUACAAAAGUACCUUCUAUCACAACUGGAAGAGUUCUUGAAUAACGAUACUGAACACUUUACCGCGUUACUCGUUGAAACGUUGAAGAACGAAUCUUACUUAAAUGAUGACCCGGUCGAUGUCAAAAGUGAAACUGCAGUCACUUCAUCUGGUGAAAAAUCUGAUACCGGUGAGAAAUUAUGUGAUAAACCAAUUAAAGAAGAAGUAGAAAAGCCUAGAUCGAGAUCCCGUUCACUCGUACGAUCACGAUCACCAAGAACUAAGGAUGUCAAGUUUACGAGAACUAAACAUUAUCGUCGAGAUGAUCACACUAGUGAUGAAGAUGAAGAAAGAGAAUCAUAUCGUAAGUAUCGAUACCACGGUCGAUCAUGGUCACCAAAGCGUUCAAAAUCUCCCAAAUUUAAACGUAGAUUCAGAUCACCUAAAAACCGUUCACGGUCUCCAUCUGGAUCACCUGUUAAAAAACCUAAAGAAGACAUAUUUGCUGAAUUUAAAAAAUCUGAAGGUGUUGAAAAAAAAACAUUAGGACGAUGUAUUGAUUUUGAUGAAAAAGGAUAUUGUAUGAAAGGUGAUUUAUGUGUUUAUGAUCAUGGUAAAGAUCCUGUAGUAUUAGCUACAGGUAAUGGUGUCUUAAAUUUCCAAUCUUUUACCAACACAAUAACACCUACAUUUCCAGUAGUUCCUAUUCAAAAUGUACCUGUACCAGUUCCAGUUCAACCAUAUCUCCCUGCCCAAAAUCAGCAAAUGUAUUAUCCAUCUACAGAAGGAUCAUACUGGGUACGAGGAAGUGGAGAACAAAAAUUUUCUAAACAAAAACGUGAGUUGGUUAGCGUGCCUACAGGUGAAAACCAAAAUCGUUUUAAGAGAAAGAAUUUUAAAAAAGAAGAUAAUAAUAAUUCCAAUAACAAUAAUAAAAAGCCAAAGUUUGAUUAUAGACGUUUAGGCCCUAAAGUAUCCUCAAACGAAGUAAAAUUGAAAAAUGUUCCAGAAAAUUUAAAUAACAUUAGUAGCUUAAAUAAUAGUUUUAUGAAAUUCGGAAAAAUUACCAACAUUCAAACAAGCAGUGAAAAUAAAGAAGCUACAAUUACAUUCUCUUCUUCUCAUGAAGCACAAAAAGCCCAUCAAAAUAUAGAAACUGUUUUUGGUACUUUACCAAUUACAGCUAAUUGGUUUUCUGAUAAUUCAGCUGAAGUGAAACCAAUUGAAGAAAAAACUACUACACCACAACCCCAAAAACCUAAAACUCUAUCUCUGGAUAAUAGAAUUACUGGUGCAACACGAUUAACAAAUGAAAAAGAAGCAGAAGUUAUUAAAACAUCAUUGAUCAAAAAACAAGAAGAAGCUAAAAAACUAGCUCAAGACUUUUCUGCUGCCAUUACAAAACGAAAACAAGAAUUAUUGGACAAACAGUUAGAACAAUUAAAUAAAUUAAUAGAAGCUGCGCCUAAUGUUAAAGGAGAACAAAAACAAAUGUUAAUGGCAACUAUUAAUCAACUGAAAACUAACAUUGAAAGUAUUCAAGCAGAUCUGGCAUCUGCUGUAAAAAGACCUCUUAAUUCUCAGGCUAACUUGAAAGUUGUAAAAAGUCUACCUCCAAAAACUCCCACAAAAGAGGAUAAACUAUUAGAAGCUAAACAAGAAGCGUUAAAGAAUUUACUAUUAACUGACUUGGAUUUAUUUAUUAAACAACAACAAGGACAAAGUGAUGAAAAAGAACUAUUAGAUUUGAAAAAAAAUGUCAUGAUUUUGAGAAAUAAAUUGAAAGCUCUUGGAAUCACACCUGCAACUGGGACGGCCAAAACUGCCUAUCAAAUGAAAGAAAAACUAGCUAUUGCUAACAAAUUGCUCGAAGCUAAAAACAAAGUACGGGAAACUAAAACUACCAGCAUUUCAGUUGAUCAUCGGCCAACUCAAUUAUUAGUGUCUGGAUAUGAAGCAGAUGAUGAAGAUCAAGUUGUAACACACUUUUUACAAUUUGGUAACAUUAUUGAGUAUAUAUCAGAUACAAUAAUUCCAGCAUUAGUUAUUAAAUAUGAAGUAAGAAAAGAUGCUGAAACUGCCAAGAUCAAGGGUAAACUAUUUCAGGAUAGAAGAUUAUCAGUAACAUGGUACAAUUCACAACAUGAUUAUGUUGAUACUUCUAAUGUAAAAGCUGGACCUUGCAUGGGCGCCCGAUUAGAAGAAAUUUCCACUACAAAAAAUGUUGAUGACUAAGAAUUAAGAUAAAUUGUUGAUAGCUUUUUUGUUGAAAUUGUGUAUUUUUAUGCAUUUGAUCUAUAUACCUAAAUUAUGUAUAUAAUAAAUACAAUAUAAAUGACAAAAACCAAUUACUUUAAUCCAAACUGUUAUCCCAACUGUAUCUAGAUUAAUAAGUGAAUAAUUAUUGAUGUUUAUUUACUUGAUGGUUAAAUGUGCAUUUAAUUUUAGCAGUAUCUUUAUA